GCUCUCUUUCUCUCUCCUCUUCUUCUUCUUCUUUCCAUUUCCCAAUUCCCCUUUGUUUGUUUCCGCUCUCUCUCUCUCUCUCUCGCUCUAUCUCUCCAUCUCUAUCCUUCCAUUCCCUUCCCACCUUUCUUUAGCUCCUCCAGAUUCCAUUCACUUUCUCGGGAGAGAGAAAGAAGGGAGGAGGAGAAGAAGAAAGAAAAUCCAUUCCCUUCCACCUCCCGAUUCCAUCAACAAAACUCUUUCUAUCUCUACCUCUCUCUCAGAUUUAGAUCCUUUGCCGCUUUUUAACCGGAUCGCCACUCCGAUCUCUCGAUCCGCUGAUUCGAACCUGUAUAUUUUCUUUGGAUUCAAUUCAAUCGACAGAGACCGAUCCGUACUUUGCUCGCAGCGAGAGAAAUUUUUCCAUGUUUCGACGGUUUCCCGUCGGCUAGAUGAGUAGAACGAUUCGAGCGGCUUUUCACUUCGUUUUUGCCAGUAGUGACCGGACGAGGAGUGUGAUCUGGCGCCAAAGAAGGGCCAGAGUCUGCCGAUUUUAGAUGGUUGUAUGCAACAUCUGCAUCAGGAGUGUGGUUGCUCAAGCCGUGGUUUUCUCCAGAACAAGGUUGCUAUCCAGCCACAACGUCGGGAGGAAGACCUAUUCUUCGCGAAGUACUUUUGGCCUUCUUCGCCUGAAUAAUAAUACGUGGAAUCCUAGUUUCCCUGUUCGGACAAUCAUGAUGGUAGAUACCGGAUCCACGGCUGCGAAAGCCGCGCCAGCAGUCGGCGGCCUGCAGCCGGAGAAAGAAGAAGGCGGCGGAUAUCUCGGUGGAACUUGUAAAAGUGAGGAUGGAAAAUUGAGCUGUGGGUACUCUAGUUUCAGAGGAAAGAGAGCAACCAUGGAGGACUUCUGUGAUAUGAAAAUUUCAAAGAUUGACGAGAAACCAGUCUGCAUGUUUGGAAUAUUUGAUGGUCAUGGUGGCUCUCGAGCAUCUGAAUAUUUAAAGCAACACCUAUUUGAGAAUCUAAUGAAGCACCCACAAUUUAUGUCAGAUACCAAAUCAGCUAUAAGUGCAACAUAUCAACAGACUGAUGCUGACUUCUUGGAUUCUGAAAAGGACACAUACAGAGAUGAUGGCUCUACUGCUUCAACAGCAGUUCUAGUAGGCGACCAUCUGUAUGUUGCGAACGUUGGGGAUUCACGAACUGUGGUCUCCAAGGCUGGAAAAGCAAUUGCCCUCUCUGAGGAUCAUAAACCUAAUAGAAGUGAUGAGCGGAAGAGAAUUGAAAAUGCUGGCGGUGUAGUGAUGUGGGCAGGCACAUGGAGGGUUGGUGGUGUCUUGGCCAUGUCACGGGCAUUUGGGAACCGUAUGUUAAAGCAAUAUGUAGUUGCAGAACCUGAAAUCCAGGAUCUGAAGGUAGAUAAUGAGUUUGAAUUGCUAGUCCUCGCAAGCGACGGACUAUGGGAUGUGGUACCAAACGAUGAUGCCGUCUCGCUAGCCCGAUCCGAGGAAGACCCCGAGGCAGCAGCGAAGAAGCUGGUGGAGACUGCUUUUACGAGGGGCAGUGCCGACAACAUUACUUGCAUAGUGGUGAGAUUCCACCACAGCGAUGCUCCGGCAACCAUCAUUGCUGCGGUGGAUACACCACCCAAGAAUAAAGAGAGCAGCGACUGAGUUCUGGCUCUUGUUGCAUGUGUAGGCUCAGAGUAAGACCUCUUUUAGGCAUAAUCUCUCCUCUCUCCAUAGAAAAGAAAUCUGUGCAUGCCCCGCUGAGUCUUAGCCGAAAAAAAUGUUCAUAUGUUUUAAGAAGCCAAUUUUUUUCAUUUGUUGUUUUUGUUUGUAUUUCUCUCCGUCGUGUCCCAGCCUAAUCUGAAAAUAAGUAUAAACUUUCUUCCUUAAUUCUGCCCUUUAUUUUCUGCUUAUAUGUCAACAAAAAAAAACCAUGAAUUCCUGAGUAUCAGUCGUGUAGUGCGUCACCGAAAUUAUUUGGACAUAAACCAUUCCAGAAUUUG